AUGGCGGACGACUACGAGAAUUGGCCGGUGAACAUCAGUUCGGGCAAUAAGCCAGCCCUUCGACCGACGCUCAAGAAAGCCGACGACACACUUACAAAUUUCAACGGUAUAUCGAAGGAUGCCCUUGUGGGGAUCUUGUUGGACUUUGAUAUCAGAAACUAUCCGCUGUCUCUGAGCGACCCUAAUAUCAAGGACAAAGUGACCGCCGCACAGAAGGCUAAGUUGAAAGAAGAGGUGAAUAGGCAGAAGGAGAUCGCGAAGCUAAAUAAGAAGCUGGAGGAAGAGGAACAGAAGGCAGAGCGAGAGAAGAAGCGUAGCGCGAACGCAGCAGCAAGGUCUGAAUUAGAACAGAAGAAAGAGACGACCGCGGUGAGGCCUGCGAAGAGCAAGGCCAGCGCUCAAGAAGAUGAAGCUACCCUGGUCGACGGCGAAGCAGCGGAUCGAGAUCAAGACGGAGAUGUGCGUAUGGCGGGAGAUGAGGAUGCGGCGGAGGCACCACCAUUAGUCGAUCCGACGGCGGAGGCGGUCUCUAGUCCUGUCGACGGCGAACGCAAGCGCAAGCGUACUGCCACAGUGAGUCCAUCUGACACCAAACGGACACGUACCACCCGACCGAAGACAUCGUUGAUCGUGAAGUUGAAGUUGAAGUUGUCGACUACGGAUGGAGUGGCGACUGGCGGCAUGCAGACUGCGACACAAGGUCUUGGUGCUCGUAAGCGUCCUAGACAGACUGCUGGAGACACGUGCACAGCCAACACCCGGCGCACCCUUAAGAAGCCAGCUUCGAGGCUACAGCAUGGCGUGGCAUCUCCUCUUGAGCUCGCAAAACCCAUGGAAGGCGGCAAGAACAACCCUGACGACACUGUCGCUCAAGAAUUGGGCGUUGUAUCCGGCAGCGCCGUGCCCGCCAACGCACCCGGGCAGCUGCCACUUCGUCGCCAACCGGCCCGUAUGGCCAGGGAAAGGGACGUUCCAGUUGACGACACGUUGGAGGAGACCGAAGAAGCAUCCGAAGGAGAUCCGAAAGACAACGUGGCUAGACCCAAUGCCGAUCGAAAGCUUACCCCUGCUGAGCUUGCUCAAGUGGAGCAAUUGGAUCCAAACUGGCCAAAGGAUGAGCAUGGCUACCCGAAGGUCUUUGGAUGGAACGGUAUUAACAUGGUUAAUUACCUUCACAGAGAGACAGAGGAGGAAGAGAGGGAGGUACCGUACAACUUCCUGAACGGACCAGAGCGUAUGCUUCGAGUUCAGAGGCAGACAAAGCGGUUGAUCGAGAAGCGCAAGGAGGAGGCCAAGGCCAGGGGCGAAGAGUACGUACCAGAGAAGAGGGUGGAAGAGUAUGACUGGACUAAGCAUAUGUAG